GUGUCAGUGGCCCUGAUGAACCAGUAAACAAACACAACUUGUGUUGUUCCUCUGUGGCUGUGAUAAAUCCAACAAUAAACAGUGUUUGUGGUGUCUAACACAGAAGUUUUUUGUGGAAGACUACCAGGUUGUGUCUUGCCAGACACUAUAUCUUCAGUACUUCAAGAAGCACCAGUGUAAGUGUCUUGAACAACAACUGAUAUUGCAGAAGUAUUUUCUAGAAUACUACCAGGCUGUAUAUUGCCAGAUACUUUACCUUCAGUACUUCAAGAAGCACCAGUGUAAGUGUCCUGAACAACAACUGAUAUUGCAGAAGUUUUUUGUGGAAGACUACCAGGUUGUGUCUUGCCAGACACUAUAUCUUCAGUACUUCAAGAAGCACCAGUGUAAGUGUCUUGAACAACAACUGAUAUUGCAGAAGUUUUUUGUGGAAGACUACCAGGUUGUAUAUUGCCAGACACUAUAUCUUCAGUACUUCAAGGAGGGCAACACCAGUUAUUCAUGUUAUUUUAACUAGCUAAGUAUUAAUAAAUAAUUUUGCUAAUGAUAUUGUGGAUUCUACGUAAAAAUUGCAUGUCACUUCAUAGAAAAUACAAGUUAGUAAUACUGUAUUUAAGAAUUUUCAGAAAAAUCUGUGUUUAAACACAAGAGAAAAUAAUAAAAUUGUUCUUCAGUGUAUCUUCAGUUUUAGUACAUAUAUUAGUCUUUUAAUAGAAAAAAACUAAAUUAUGUUAGUCUUUUAACACAUGAAAUAAACGUUGUUAAUGCUCGUAAGUAGAAAUAGUUUUGCCUAAAGCAAAUGUUAAAAUCAAAAUACAUUCAUGUGGAAAACUGUGUUCAAUAUCCAAAAUAGUUUACCAAAUAUAAAUCUUAAAAUACACUUGAGAGUACAUAACAAAGAUUAACGAUACUACUGUUGAAUGACUAAAAUAUUUUAAUGUUAAAUACCUUUUGUGAAGAUUAGAUUAGAUUUUGCCACUGAAGUGGCUAGUUUAUUGUGCACCCCAUAUCCAUCCUGUGGACGGCAGUGCAAGAGCAUAUGGAUACACAAAAGGCCUAGGAACUAGGCCCCAAAGGGUUAACAGGAAUACAUAUGGAUUUAUAUCUACAUAUCUACCUUUAGUGAAAAAUAUGAAAAAACGUGAAGGAGAUAAACCAUAUCAGUGCUCAGAGUGUUUGAAAUGUUUUACUCAAAAAGGCAGUCUUGUGAUACAUAUGCGAGUACAUACAGGAGAAAAACCAUUUCAGUGUUCAGAGUGUCUGAAACGUUUUACUGUAAAAGGCAACCUUGUGAAACACAUGCGAGUUCAUACGGGAGAUAAACUAUUUCAGUGUUCCGAGUGUCUGAAAGGGUUUAGUCAGAAAAGCCAGCUUGUGACACACAUGCGAGUACAUACAGGAGAUAAACCAUUUCAGUGUACAGAUUGUCUGAAAUGUUUUACUGAAAAAGGCAGUCUUGGGAAACAUAUGCAAAUUCAUACAGGAGAAAAACCAUUUCAUUGUUCAGAGUGUCUGAAAUGUUUUAGUAGAAAAAGUCAUCUUGUGAAGCAUGUGAGAGUACAUACAGGAGAUAAACCAUUUCAGUGUUCAGAUUGUUUGAAAUGUUUUACUGAAAAAGGCAGUCUUGUAAAACAUAUGCUAGUUCAUUCAGGACAUAAACCAUUUCAUUGUUCAGAAUGUCUGAAAUGUUUUGCUCAAAAAGGAUAUCUUAUGAAACAUAUGCAAGUACACACAGGACAUAAACCAUUUCAAUGUUCAGAGUGUCUGAAAUGCUUUACUGUAAAAGGCAGUCUUGUAAAACAUAUGCUAGUUCAUACAGGACAUAAACCAUUUCAGUGUUCUGAUUGUCUAAAAUGUUUUAGCUUAAAAAAUAAUCUUGUGACACAUAUGAGAAUACAUACAGGAGUUAAACAAUUUCAGUGUUCUGAAUGUCUGAAAUGUUUUAGUCAAAAAAUCAAUCUUGUCAAUCAUAUGAGAGUACAUACAGGAGAUAAACCAUUUCAGUGUUCAGAGUGUCUGAAAUGUUUUUAUGUAAAAGGAAGUCUUGUGAAACAUAAGCGAGUUCAUACAGGAGAUAAACCAUUUCAGUGUUCAGAGUGUCUGAAAUGUUUUACUCAGAAAGAAUUUUUUGUGAAACAUUUGCGAGUACAUGAAGGAGAUAAACCAUUCCAGUGUUCAGAAUGUCUAAAAUGUUUUACUCAGAAAAAAUAUUUUGUGAAACAUAUGCAAGUACAUAAAGGAGACAAACCAUUUCAGUGUUCAGAGUGUCUGAAAUGUUUUACUGAAAAAGGCAGUCUUGUGAAACAUAUGCGAGUUCAUACAGGAGAUAAACCAUUUCAGUGUUCAGAUUGUCUGAAAUGUUUUAGUUUAAAACACAAUCUUGUGAGACAUAUGAGAGUACAUACAGGAGAUAAACCAUUUCAAUGUUCAGAGUGUCUGAAAUGUUUUAGUGUGAAAAACAAUCUUGUCAGCCAUAUGAGAGUACAUAAAGGAGAUAAACCAUUUCAGUGUUCAGAGUGUCUGAAAUGUUUUCCUGUAAAAGACAGGCUUGUGAAACAUAUGCGAGUUCAUACAGGAUAUAAACCAUUUCAGUGUUCAAAUUGUCUGAAAUGUUUUAGUUUAAAACACAAUCUUGUGACACAUUUGAAAGUACAUACAAGAGAUUAACAAUUUUUAUGUUCAGAAUGUCUGAAAUGUUUUAGUGUAAAUAUCAGUCUUGUCAAUCAUAAUAAGCAUGUAUGCACCAGGAGAAGAGAGAAGUGUAGAGGAGAGAGAGAGAGAUUUUCGAGAUGUUAAACGAAUGUAUAGGAACCUUUGAACUAAGUGAGAAAGUAAUUGUGGAAGGGGACCUAAAUGCUAAAGUAGGAGAAAUAGUUAGAGAGGAUGUGGUAGGUAAGUUUGGGGUGCCAGGUGUAAAUGAUAUGGGAGCCCUUUGAUUGAACUUUGUAUAGAAAGGGGUUUAGUUAUAGGUAAUACAUAUUUUAAGAAAAAGAGGAUAAAAAAGUAUACAAGAUAUGAUGUAGGACGCAGUGACAGUAGUUUGUUGGACUACGUAUUAGUAGAUAAAAGACUGUUGAGUAGACUUCAGGUUGUACACGUUUAUAGAGGGACCACAGAUAUAUCAGAUCACUUUUUAGUUGUAGCUGUCGUGAGACUAAAAGGUAGAUGGGAUACAAGGAAAAUAGAAGCAGCAAGUAAGAGAGAGGUGAAGGUUUAUAGACUAAAAAAGGAGGGGGUUAGGGAAAGAUAUAAACAACUAUUGGAGGAUAGAUGGGCUAGUGAGAGUAUAGGCAAUGGGGUCAAAGAUGUAUGGGGUAGGUUUAAAAAUGUAGUGUUAGUGUGUUCAGCUGAAGUUUGUGGUUACAGUAAAGUGGGUGCAGGGGGGAAGAAGAGCGAUUGGUAGAAUGAUGAUGUAAAGAGAGUAUUAAGGGAGAAAAAGUUAGCAUAUGAUAGGUUUUUACAAAAUAGAAGUGAUGCAUGGAGAGAAGAGUAUAUAGAGAGAAAAAGAGAAGUUAAGAGAGUGGUGAAGCAAUGUAAAAAGAGAGCAAAUGAGAGAGUGGGUGAGAUGUUAUCAACAAAUUUUGUUGAAAAUAGAAUGUUUUGGAGUGAGAUUAACAAGUUGAGGAAGCCUAGGGAACAAAUGGAUGUCAGUUAAAAAUAGGAGAGGAGAGUUAUUCAAUAGAGAGUUAGAGGUAUGGGGAAGAUGGAGGGAAUAUUUUGAGGAAUUGUUAAAUGUUGAUGAAGAUAGGGAAGCUGUGAUUUCGUGUAUAGUGCAAGGAGGAAUAACAUCUUGUAGGAGUGAGAAUGAGCCAGUUGUGAGUGUGGGGGAAGUUCGUGAGGCAUUGAGCAGAAUGAAAGGGGGUAAGGCAGCUGGGAUUGAUGGGCUAAAGAUAGAAACAUUAAAAGCAGGAGGGGAUAUAGUUUUGGAGUGGUUGGUGCUAUUAUUUAAUAAAUGUAUGGAAGAGGGUGAGGUACCUAGGGAUUGGCAGAGAGUGUGCAUAGUUCCUUUGUAUAAAGGCAAAGGGGACAAAAGAGAGUGCAAAAAUUAUUCAAAUUCAAAUUGAAAUUCAAAUUUAUUUAUUUAUUUGCAACUAGUACAUUGAGAUUAUGUAUUUACAAUAAUGGGUAGAAGUGCAAAGAGAGCCUCUAUUAUGCCUAGGCAUUAUGGGCUUGCUGAAUACUUAAUACUAAAGAAAUUUAUCAUAGUUGUACAAUAGUUCUGUUAAUCAUAAAUGAAUCUAAUUGUUAUGGUUCGAAUCUUAAUCUUUAGCCAGGUUAGUGUACUCUGUAACAAAACACUUCAUAGAAUGAGAAGGUACUUCCAAACUUAGAAAUG